CCGGCCCGCCGCGCCGGGCGCCCAAAGUGGCCCGCGCCCCCGCGCCCCGCGGGCGCCGCCCGGAGAGCCUCGGCUCCCGCUGCUCGCUGCGGGCCGCCGCCGCGGGGUGCCUGGCCGCCCUGCUCCGCCGCGGCCCCGGCGCCCGCCCCGGCGCCCGGGGUGAUGCCAUGCCCCGCAACCACGGCGGCGGGGAGGAGGGCGGCGCGGCGGGGCUCUGGAUGAAGAGCGGCACGGCGGCGGCGGGCAUGAAGGAUGUGGAAUCGGGCCGGGGCAGAACGCUGGCGAGCGCGGCGGCCCGCGGGGACGGCCUGCUGCUGCUGGGCACCGCCGGCGCGGCCGCCCCCGCCGGGUUGCGGGAGGGCCGCCGCGGGAAGCACGGCGCCCGCAUGAGCCUGCUGGGGAAACCGCUGUCCUACAGCAGCGGGCCGAGCUGCCGCCGGAACGCCAAGUACCGCCGGCUGCAGAACUACCUGUACAACGUGCUGGAGCGGCCCCGCGGCUGGGCCUUCGUCUACCACGCCUUCGUUUUUCUCCUUGUGUUUGGUUGCUUGAUUUUGUCCGUGUUUUCCACUAUUCCUGAACACACAAAACUUGCCUCUGGUUGUCUCUUCAUUUUGGAAUUUGUCAUGAUUGUUGUCUUUGGUUUGGAAUUUAUUAUUCGUAUCUGGUCUGCUGGAUGCUGUUGUCGAUACCGAGGAUGGCAAGGAAGGCUGCGCUUUGCAAGGAAACCGUUCUGUGUAAUAGACAUCAUUGUUCUCAUCGCUUCAAUAGCAGUUGUUUCUGCAAAAACUCAGGGUAACAUUUUUGCAACAUCAGCACUGAGAAGUCUUCGUUUCCUACAGAUCCUUCGUAUGGUGCGCAUGGACCGAAGAGGAGGCACUUGGAAAUUAUUAGGUUCAGUAGUUUAUGCACAUAGCAAGGAAUUAAUCACAGCCUGGUACAUAGGAUUUUUAGUACUCAUCUUUUCAUCUUUCCUGGUUUAUCUGGUGGAAAAAGAUGCAAAUAAUCAGUUCUCCACAUAUGCAGAUGCUCUCUGGUGGGGCACAAUCACAUUGACAACCAUUGGCUAUGGAGACAAAACUCCUCUUACUUGGCUCGGAAGGUUGCUUUCUGCAGGAUUUGCUCUACUUGGCAUUUCUUUCUUUGCACUACCUGCUGGCAUCCUUGGCUCAGGAUUUGCAUUAAAAGUGCAGGAACAGCAUCGCCAGAAACACUUUGAGAAAAGAAGGAAUCCAGCCGCCAGUCUAAUUCAGUGUGUAUGGCGUAGUUAUGCGGCUGAUGAGAAAUCAGUUUCCAUUGCUACCUGGAAGCCUCAUUUGAAGGCCUUGCAUACCUGCAGCCCUACAAAAAAAGAACAAGGGGAAGCUUCUAGCAGUAAGCUUUGUAGUAAUAAACAGAAGCUCUUCAGGAUGUACACCCCUCGGAAACAUAGUCAAAAGUUAAGUUUCAAGGAGCGGGUCCGGAUGGCCAGCCCACGAGGUCAGAGCAUAAAGAACAGGCAGUCAUCAGUUGGAGAUCGCCGGUCCCCGAGUGCCGACAUUGCCACUGACGGCAGCCCCACCAAGGUCCAGAAGAGCUGGAGCUUCAAUGACCGCACCCGCUUCAGGCCGUCGCUGCGGCUGAAGAGCUCGCAGCCCAAACCUGUGGUUGAUGCUGACACCAGCCUUGGAACAGAUGAUGUUUAUGAUGAUAAAGGGUGCCAGUGUGAUGUGUCAGUAGAAGAUCUCACUCCUGCUCUUAAAACUGUCAUCAGGGCAAUCAGAAUUAUGAAAUUUCAUGUUGCAAAGAGAAAGUUUAAGGAAACACUUCGUCCAUAUGAUGUCAAAGAUGUCAUUGAACAGUAUUCAGCAGGUCAUCUAGACAUGUUGUGCAGGAUCAAGAGCCUUCAGUCACGUGUUGACCAAAUUCUUGGGAAAGGACAAAUCACUGCAGAUAAAAGAAGUAGAGAAAAGAAUACUGCAGAGAAUGAGACAACCGAUGACCUCAGUAUGUUGGGGCGUGUAGUCAAGGUGGAGAAACAGGUACAAUCCAUUGAGUCAAAACUGGACUGCCUGUUAGAUAUUUAUCAACAAGUUUUGCGAAAAGGAUCUGCGUCGGCGCUCACUUUGGCUUCAUUUCAAAUGCCAGCUUUUGAAUGUGAGCAGACUUCUGAUUAUCAAAGUCCGUCCGAUAGCAAGGAUUUGUCUAACUCUGCACAAAUUAGUGGAUGUGUAUCCAGAUCAGCUAGUGCCAAUCUGCCUCGUGGCCUACAGCUAAUACUGACACCAAAUGAAUUUAGCACUCAGGCUUACUAUGCUAUUAGUCCAGCUAUGCAUAGUCAAGCAACGCAAGUGCCAAAUGAUGGACAUACAACAGUUAACAACACAUCAAACCAAAUAAACCAGGCAACUAAGCCAGCAACUCCAACAACACUGCAAAUACCACCUUUCUCAUCAGUGAAGCAUAUCAAUAGGCCUGAGCCCGUUCAUAUUAUUCCUGUAACCACACAGGAGAAUAUUUCUGAUGUCACCGCUUGCCUUGUUGGAUCAAAGGAUAACGGACAAGUCGCUCAGCCCAGCGCAACCAAGGAUCUCACGUGGAGAAAAGGACUGGAUACGGAAGGGGAACCUUUGCUCUCAGUUAAACCUGUGGUGCAAAUGGAUUUAGGAAAAUCUUUAUCUAUACAAAACCUUAUACAAUCAACAGAAGAACUGAAUGUACAGAUUACUGGCAGUGACUCCAGUGGUUCAAGAGGUAGCCAAGAUGUAUACUCCAAAUGGAGGGAGUCAAAAUUAUUUAUAACUGAUGAAGAGUUGGAGACAGAGGCAGGAACAGAGACUACUGAAGCCAUCUCUCGCCCACUAGUGGAAACAACUCUCUCCACUGACUCUCUAAGGACUGGAAUAUCAAGAUCAUCUCAAAGCAUUUGCAAGCCAGGGGACGGUACAGAAGCACUCAGUCUGCUCCAUGUCAAACUUAAAUAACAGCUUGUAGGCUUUCUUCAUUGGCUGAGUCAUUCCUCUAGUCACACAUAUCAUAGCAUGAACUAUUUUGAAAGCCUUUUUAAUGAGAUAAAAUCACAAAAACAGGAUGAAUCUGAAAAGCAGUUGAAUGAGCCCAUAUCUUCUAGUUGCAUGAAAAUGCAUGUUCAAGUGAUGGCUAAAAUUCAGAUUUAUACCUACAGUAUGGCAGCCUUUCAUGUAGUACAGUAGGUUUAAAUAAUGAAUUGCCUACAAAGCUAAUGCUGCAGGAUGUAUCAAAAAGCAAAAAUUUGAGCAUUUAGACCUAGUGCCGUUUCUACAGGGCGAAAGUAAAAAAUGUAAGAUUUAAAGCACUUUGCUUCUGAACUAAUUAAAUAUAUAUAUAUAUGUCCUGAUUUAGAUGAUAGUUUAUGUUUACAACAAAGAAUUAUCUACAGCUGCUAGCAAGGUACCAAGGAAAUCAGAUAUACGGGAUUAGAAAUGGCUGCCAGUUGCAAGAUACACACAUUAGCUCAUCAGUAAUCAAUUAUUUUUAACUCUGAAAAGCAGUAUGUUAAUAUAUCCACCUGAUUUUUGAUGAUUUAGUGUUGUGGCAAAGUACCCGACACGCCACUACUGUCACAUUGUUCUUUAUAAUGAGAACGUUUUAUUGUUAUGAAAGGUUUGUAUUCUAAGGGUCAGGGCUGGCCUCAGAAGUGGAUAAUUUGGGUGACUGCACUAAGAAUGCAAGGGAAUCUCUCCUUUUUCCAGACUCACUGAGGAACUGUCUUGUGAAUCUGAAACACUUUGGCAGCAGUAUGUGAGGCAAAGAUGCAGGCACUGCCUUCGUUGUAGAAGCAGUAUUUCAUUCAUUUGAAAAUCUGACAGUCUUCAUUGCAGUCACAACCUGGUGCCAUGACAGUAGUUCAUGAGGCUGGGGAGUGAGGGAAAAAGAGGAGCUGAAAUACAGAGUGAAACUAAAGAGGACAAAACGGGAAAGAGGGAAAGACAACACAGUCAGUGAAGAAAAAGAAAUAAAGAUUUAGAUGGGCAGGAAGGGAAACGAUCCCAGAAAACAAAAGAAGGAAGGCAAAGGGAGAGAAAUAUAUAUUUUUUAAACUCCAGCCUGUUAGUCACUGACAGUGAGUGCUAAUUCCAAAAAAAGCCAUGGAGGCAACCAGAAAUGGAAAUGGAAGUAGGAAGACAACCUUAACUGAAAAAAUUGAAGGCAGUUGUUUUGUGUUGUUUUUUUUUUUUUUAAUUUUUGUGUGUGAUUUUUGUUUAUUUUUGCUCUUUUUUUUUUUUUUUAAUAAAAUGUGAGGAGGAGAGAGAGAAUUUGGUCUGGCUUUUAUAGCUCAACACUUUGUCCCAACCGCAGUCAUUUCUUACAAGGUUUCCAGUAGAGGACCUUCAGACUCUUUUCUCCUAAAACCUGAGGCUUAAAAUUCAAAGCCAGCAUCAGACUGAGCAUUCCUGCUUGAUACAUCCUCUUUUUUUCUUAUCCUACCUACACUUCGCUUCUGCUGAGAUGCAGGAGCAGUGUUAGUGCCUAUCUGCACAACCCCAGCAAGGCUUCACCACUGGAAGAACCCAUGGAGAGCCUAACCAGGCUUCCAUUUUUCCCAGCUGAACAAGGUUUCUGUGUGUUGCCUCCCCCCAAAUUCAUACCCUACCUGCACCACAAGCUUGUAGACAACCUGACUUGGGCUCAGCUUCCUUCUAGCAGCAGAAACACUGAAUGUAUGGGGGUGCCAGUGCCAGCUCACUCAGGGCAGUGUUUUCUCAAGGCCCAGACCUGCUGGGAACUUACUAUGUACAUGAAAAAUGUCACUCCAGUCUUAAUCAUGGCUAAAUGCUGUAGAUUGUAUUGUGAAGGACUUGAUCUGUUUACUAUGAAACCAUUGUAAUUUCUGCUUCCAUAUUUCCUUUACAAAAGUAUUCCUGGAUAUUACACGAUAACCUUAUUAUGUGAAAGUACAUGCAAACUGUGGAGUAUAUAUAUUGUGUCAUUAUGUGGGGUCCAUGGAUGGUACGCUGUGCUCCACGGCUCACGCCAGAGCAAACUUCAGCUGUUAAAUCCUGAAAGACACCUUGAAGCACAAUUUCCUCACCACUGAUUUGCCAUAUAAUUUACCACGCUCAGCCUUUCCUGUUUUCUUUCAUGUGCAGUCUGGUUAUACGAAAACCUGGUUACAGCAGUAAUUUUGUGAGGAUAAAUAGAUUUUUUCCACAUUUCCAUUCAUUUAACUUAUCUGAACGUCUGCAGUUCAUCCAGGCAUAUCUGAAAGUUUGAAGUACAGUUCAAAACUUUAAAACUUACAAGCUUUUAGGCUUUAAUUUCUUUUUUUUUUUUUUUUUUUUUUGAGUGGUUUAUGGUGCCUUUCUUGCUUUUUAUAUGAAGCCUCCUGUCAGCCUAAGCAUACACCCGCCUUUAGGUUCAGCUCAGGAGCACGACAUGAGGCACGUGGCCACAUGUGUCAGUAACAAAACUCUCCCCCCCUCCUUGAUGGGACAGAAAACUAAAGGCAUCAUGAAUUGGCCUCCAAUCUUCCACCUUUGCCUGCAUGAGCCAAUCACUGCCUCCCACUGAGCCGGGAAGGAGGCAGUGGGAGAACUUAGCUUUGGCUCUGACUGUACACAUCCAGUAACAGAAGCAGGGCCUCGGGUUUUGCUGAUAAUUUAUCUCACAGAAACUUGGUAUUUUUGCCUUAAAUGACAUGCUUGAGUCCUUCUAAUUUUAAGUUAAUUUAUUUAAUACAAUGUUGUGCACAAAAGAAUGAGUUCUAUAAAUUAUGUAUGAAAAUGUUAAUGUCUUUACAAAGUAAUAAUAAAUCCAGAAUAUCCUAUCUUUUCAAAUCAUGGUUUAAAAACCUGAUUUUUUUUUUCUUUUAUGCUCACCAUUAUUAUUUUUGUAGCUGCAAGUCUUAUCAUACAGGAUUUUUUUUAACAUAAUAUUGAUAGAAAAUAGAAAGAGUAGUGACUAUAUGAAAUUAUGGAGAGGAAGAAUUGUUUGUUUGGAUUUUUAUAAGCUUUGCUCAUAUUUCAUCAUUGGGAGUUUCCUGUUUCUGCGCUCUCUCUUUAAUCGACAGUGUCAUGACUGACAGUCAUUCAUUGGUUUCACAAAAGAAAGACCUGUCUGGCUUUUCAAGUCUUGUCUUGAGCUGCUUAUUCAAUUCAAGCUCAUGAUAGCUAAUAAGAAUUUCUUAUGACUAGGGACAGAGGACAAAAUUUCUUCUGACUUGCAAUCCAUUAGAGGGUUGCUGAAGAGAGAAUUUGAACCUAGUAGGAGCUUCAGGAAUUAAGCUUUAUCCAAAUAACUGUUUUCUGAUCAGUAUGUUUCAUGUAUUUGACUGAAGAGAGAACCGAAUAGUUUUGAUGAUUAUUAUUUCUUUAAGAAUUUGUAUUUGCUCCUGGCUUAUAUGAUCUAUACUUUUUAUUUAAAUAUGAAUAUAGUGUUUUAGCCUAGGGUUCAAGAUUGCAAAGAUCAUACACUUUUAUUCACAGUGCCCACAGUUGUUACAUAUUUUCAAAUUAAUCCUAUGUAAAAUGACUGCUCUCAUUAUAGUAUGGUGAUGAGCAAUUCACCUGCUCUUCUGUGGUAAGUCAAAUCAUACUGAAUUGCUGAUCUAUAGUAGAACAUCUGAAGUACAGCAGUAUUUCUGCAUUGAGACCUGCAGUCCUUACUCAAGCAAAAAUUCUACCAAAUUCAGUAAGAAUUUUUCUUGAAUCGGGAUCUCAGGUUCAAAUCCUUACUUUGUUGGGCAUCUGUUUAAAGUGAAAAUGGUAAUAUUCCAAUUAUUUCCUGAGGAAAGUAAUACUUAACUGAAUUUACCCAUGUCACAUUGACUAUAUAAGAGAUAACGCACAAAGUACUGAUGUUAAAAGGGAAGAAGGGGCAUUUUUAAAAAGUACAUAGGAAAGGAAAAUAAUCAGAACAGAGGAGUAAGGAGGAAAAGAAAUACAACAGCAAAGGAAUUUAAAAAAAAAAAAAAAAAAGUUUAAAGACCUGAGGCUAAAUUCGUCCUUGGAUGGCUUCACUGACUUCAAUGAACUCUCUACCCAACUGGGUGAAGUUCAGCCUUCGCUGAGAUAACCAGGUUCAGUUCCGCUGACCUUAAAGGAACUGGACCCACCUAUACCAGGAAUGAACUUGCCUCUCUGGGCCAACUUUUGUCCUGACUCACACGUCAUGCAAUCCUUUUGGAUUAUUUACAGAAUCAUUAGGUUUGAAUGAGAUACAGGUCAGAAAAGAAUUUGCCCCAGAUACUUCUGCUUCACUUUUUUUUUUUUUUUCAAGUGUGUUAAUCGACUUAAUUCAAAUGGAUUACAACAUCACACAAAGUGCUGUCACUGUCUAAAAACUGGUUUUUGAAAUAAGAAUUGUGCCCUGCAGGGUCACUGGAAGCAUGUAAUAUUUUCCUGCUUGUUCAUCUGGAUGCAGAUGUGGCUGUACCCUGAGCUAUGCACAGGACAAUUCCAGACAUACCCAACAUCACCUGCUAUUGGAAGCAUUUUUUACUUCUUUGCGAGAUAAAACGCCAUUUUGGCGACAGGGUAAGGACAUAUGAAGGCUGUUUCCACUGACCCUGCAGGGGCAUUAGCCAGUACAUUACAAUGUUAAUUGUAACUUCUUGACAAAGUUGAAUCCAUAUUGUUGUUAAUAAAAAUCAUUUGGAAAGUACCAA